CCCCCUGGAGCACAAGCCAUGCUUUAUCCUGUGUCCAGCUCAUUUCUGUCUCAGGCACAGGAAACCCCUAAACUCUCUCAGCCUUGCCCCAGCGCCUGCACACACUCUCUCACACACCUCAGCGUGCUCAAAGAGAUGAGAAUGGCUGUACGAAGAAUGAAUGAGCUCUGGAAAACGAUGGCUCCGGCUUUAAUGUUCAGCUUUCUUUUGCUUCACAGUUGUUGGGGACAGGACCUUACAAUUCCGACCGUUUCGGAAACUAAUACAACAGCAGUUCCAUCAACACAAUCUCCAUCAAAUGGUUCAAUAGCAGAUCCAGGAGCACAACCAACUUCUGGAACUGCUGUUCAAGGAACAACAAGCCAGCCAAGUUCUGAUAACUUUACUAAAAUUGCACCUCAAUUAUUCACUGAUACUCAAGUCAACCUGACUACACCUCUAACAGGACAAUUGGAAAGUUUCAAGGUGGGACAGAAGACAAAUGAAUACAAAGAAGAAGAUCCCACCUCUGGAUCUUCUCCUGCUGUUUUUGUGCCUCUGCUGGUGACCGGGUUGCUGCUUGCUGCCCUAAUAAUUGCCAUAUACUACUACAAGUACCAUUGCCAAACCAACAGCAAAGGCAUGAAACUGGCUGAGGAGUCUUACAUGGCUGGCGAGGAGAGCCAAGGCAACACUCUUGUGUCUGUGGCCCCGCUAAAUCAACCCGAGCCCCAGGAGAAGCCAAGUCUUAACGGAGAGUCACAAGAGGCAGUGAAGGCCCAGACUUCUCCUGCUGCCACCAACGGCCACUCUACUACCAAAACAGCAGACACUGAGCUGUGAACAAGCCGAUCUGCCACAAAGGGUCUGGGUGCUUAAACUCAGCUCAAUCUACUGCAUAUUGACCUUGACCGUAGGAAGGGAGAAAAAGACUGAAAUUCCCACAUUUAUAUGUAAAUAUGACACAGCAUGUUCACAAGGAACAACUUUUGAGGUGCAGUUAAAUAUAUGAUAAUAAUAAUAAUAAAUAUAAAAAUGGGAUAAAAUAACUGGUCAAGUAAACCUCCUUCCUAUCUAAAAUAAUAAAUGUAAACGUGUCAAUGCUAAAGACCUUUGAUGAAAGAUUGUUGUAUGUUAUGAAAGCAGUUGUAAGUGCCAGUUAUGACAGUGGUGAUUUAUAACAAGAACAUAUUGUUAUAAAUUCAAUCAAAAUAUGAUGCAAAAAAAGAUCAUUUUAGUCCCUUUCAGUAUAAUACAGCACUAGUGUGGGGUGGGGAACUUUCCCAUGAGUCAUUGCUGGCGUCCAUAAGAGCAGCCAGGGCUGGAACGGAAUGCCAGGAGGAUCCUUGCUCCUGUCCCAGAAGUCCACAGCUUUCAGCUGAGAGUAAAUCACAUCACACCAUGAAGAAACAUUUUAGAAUCCAAUUGACGUGAGUUGUGUUUUUGUUUGCGACAGGUUGUUUGUGUGUUUCUAGACUGUAUGAAAUGUUUUAUAUGUUCGUCUUUGUGUACAGUAGGAUUUGACUAGUUAAUAGUCUUGUAUAAUUUUGUUAAUAUCACUACAUGACAAAGUAAUUGUUUCUGGAGUUGCUGAGUAUGAAAACUCUGUUCAAGCAUAAAUGCAUCAACUCCAUUUCAUUGCUGCAAACAACACUUAACAUAAAAUCAUACCAAUUAGAUAUGUUGCACAAGUCCACUGUUGCUCAGGGUGACAUUUAAAUGUUAUCUGACAUUUCUGAAGUAAGUUACAGCUUUACCGUACAUUGUAAACAAGUAUUAUACUCUUUUUGUAAUAUUUUUAUUCUUGACAUUUAGAUGUAGUGUUUAUAGACUGAAUGACCUGCCUUAAUUAUUAGACAUUUAUUGGGUGGGUGCAUUUUAUUUUGUAUCUACGUUUGCUACUACACAGUAAAAAAGCCAUAAGGCAAAGACAUUAUGUAACUGGAUGCAGCCAUAAAACCCUGGAUCAUCGCUUUUGGUUAUAAUAAAUUCAUUCCAAUAGAAUGAGAAAAUUCGGGUCAGAUUUUGGUGCUAGGGUUACUGUAUCUCUUGAAAUAAACUAACAGAAAAAUUAUAUGUUUUAAAUGUA